AUGUAGAAGAUUUCAUUAGUAUAUUCUGUGGUAGAAGAGAAAAAAAAGGAAAACAAGAACAAGUAACUUGUCAAGAAAUAUUUGUCAACUUUUAACUUUUUGGAUAAAUUUUUAGUGCGUACAUCGUGUUUAUUGUUAUUAUAUAUAUAUUAUAAACCAUGUCUGAAAACUCUGAGAACAGUACCAACAAAGAUGGAUGGUUUAACUCUUGGUUGAGUACAGCCAAAAAUAUUAGUACGGAAGUAUUAGAAUUUGUCAAAAAGGAUUUAGAGGAGUUUGGUACGGCUGUAAAAACUGAAGCUACCAAUGUGGCAUCAUCAGCAGGAGCUGUUGUGGAAAAAACACUAAGUCUUGAAUCUCCUGAUUCAACUGUUAAUUCAGUUAAGAGAAGUUUCAGCACUUUUUUGGGUCAAAUGAACACAGUAUUAAAUCCUAGUCCUGAUGAUAGCGAUACUGAGAUACUUAUUAUCGAAAAUUCUGAAACGCAUGAACCUAACUCAUAUCAGAAAGCUCUGUAUGAGUUACAAAGUAAUCCAGAGACAUACAUGUACGAUCCAGAACCCAAACUACAAAAACAGUAUGAUUGUUGGUUGGAAAUAUUAGAUACUGAUCAGCUGUCGGAUGACAGAAUUGCCAAACAUGUUAAUAGCUCUGAAGUUUUAAAGAAAUUCUAUGCUAAAUUGGUACCAGAAAUUUUGGAACAUCAGUUGUUUUGGAAAAGAUAUUUGUUUAAGAAGGCAUUACUAGAAGAUGAGCUAGCUAGACAAGAAAUUAUUGAUAAAAACAAACAAAAGGAUAAAAAAGAAAUAGAAAACAAAGAAAAUAAUGAAACUGAAGGUGAAGGUCUAAAAUGGGAAAAUGAGUAUUUUUCAGCAAAUGUAGACCUAACUGAGGAACAACAAAUUGCUUUACUAGAAGACUAUGAAAAGGAGCAGAAAAACAAGUCAGUAAGUUCAAAAAAGCUCAGUCCAAACUCACAGGAAAAACAUAAGUGCAAAGGUGAUGGUGCUAGUCCUUGUACACCCGGAAGCAGCACUUGCAGUACCGACGACGACUGGGAAAAGAUAAGCGAUCCAGAGAAAUAAAACAGAAAAAAAUAGUCAUAUUUGGAAUAAACAAGUCCAAAAAUAUUUUAAAUAUUUUUCGUUAACAGUAAAGAUAUUCGAGUAAGCGGCAACAUUGUUCCUGUCUAUUUCUUGGCGAUGUUGCCACGUGCAGUUAUUUUGUAGUAGAUUUCUUUUAAUUUGCCGUAUUUUAUGUUUUCCCAAAGGAAUAUUAAUACACAUCUUACUAGUAAAUUUUAAAAUUGAUGUUUAUUUUCGCGAUUUUUCUAAUGUUUUGAAUGAAGCGAUUUUGAUCAUAUUCCAGUAGUACUUUUCCAAUUUCAAUGCAUUUACAUCUAUAUUUUUGACAACCUUGGACAUUAUUUUUUUGUGAAGCAACGAAAAUGUCAUUAAGAUUUAUAAGUAUCGUUUUUUGAUAUUUAUGCUAUCUGGCAACACAACCGUUUAGCGUUGUUGCCAUAUUUUUUCUUCAAUUUUAUUCAAAUUAUAUAAAUUGUUUUUUUUUUAAAGCUGUAUUCCGUCUUACCUUGGUUAUUGUUAUUUGUUCCGUUUCUAUGAUUUGCCUAAAAUUCUUAUUAUUACGGAAUAUCGUUCUUGAAAAAUAUCUGUCGUUAUUUUCACCAAUUUAACCAAAGCAAAAAAGCUGGAGCAUAUAAUGCCAUAAAAAUAUCAUUUUUAUUGCAAAUUCCACAUAUAAUUACGUACAAAACGAACGCGAUAUACUAGGGCUGGCAUUUCUGGUCUUGGGUACCGGUACAGGCUUAGCAAAAUAAGAUGUACCGAAUAAAGACAAAAGGCAAGUAUUUUCCCAAGCGCAUGGAAUCUAGCGUCAGAUUAAGUGGUUAUGUAAUAAAUACUUCGUAUUUUUGCUCUCCCCGACUUACUAAAUUGCCAUAGCGAUUCCCUCCUAUACAUGUAAACGCCGACCCAAGGUUUCGCUUGCCAGCAGGGUAUGGUACUUGAUGUGUGUGACGAGUUUAACAGCUCAUUUACUUAUUAAGUAUUUUUCAACAUAAACUUCAUUUAAAAGAUGAAUUAAGAAUGAAAUAAAAAUUUUAUAAUUUAAGAAUAUUUAUGCAAAAUAAAAAAAAACUCAAUAGGUAUUUGACAUUUCUACUAUUGUAUCAAACUGUUUCAUAUUUUACCGAUAUUUUUCAGGAACCGAUUCUUAGUAUUUUACAAACCUGGUCAUACAACGGAAUACAGCCUAAGUUUAUUAUUAUUAUUUUUAUCAUUAUUGUACCUUCGGUGCAAGUUAUGUUUUUGUACCUAGUCCAUUUCUAGUUUUGACUUAUUUAAAUCAUAUAUAAUAUGUAGUUAUAAUAAGGUAUUUUAUAACAUUCUAUUUAAUAUACACGUUAUUCAAUAGA